AUGGAUAUAUUGGGCAGGCUACCGAUCAUUCUCUUGGAACAGGAUGAAUUGAAAAAGUUUCCCCGACCACUAGAUAAAACAGACAAGCAGCUCGAUCCGAUAGGAUCUGAAGGAAGCGGGUCUUUUACAUGGCUCGAGAGCAACAUAAGCUACAUUCCCGGUCUCAACUGUCUGAUUGAUCUCUUAAUGGUAUGGCAAAAAGCUCAAUCAUGUAUCGGUACGCAGACAGUCGAGAUGUCUUUGGAAAAGCUUCAAUUCGUUAUGGAUAAUUUUCCGCCCAAACUUCGAUGGCGGGGUGGGCUUUCUCGGCCUUCAAAUGUCACAUACGGCCAUGAUGUUCAAAUCGCGAACUUAUUCGUCACGAGUUUGCACAUUCGGUCUAAUCUUGUGCAAAGGUUUGGGACACACGAGGUCAAAUCUAGAGAGUAUCCAAAGAUUAUAGACGAUCUUCUCGAGGUAUUAUUCCAUCUGCCGCAGGCUGUAUUUGAUGCCAAUGGGAAAAGUUUGGCACCAAAGAUCCGUGACAUGGGGCCGCAUAUUUUGAACGGAUGGGAAUCUCAGGCGGCGAAAGAUAUGGUGGAAGCAAUCGUCCCCAGGAUAAGCUAG